AUGAGCAAAGGUUUUCUUUCUUUCUUUCUUUCUUUCUUUCUUUCUUUCUUUCUUUCUUUCUUUCUUUCUUCUCCUCUACGGGAUUUUAACGAUGAUGAACUUCCUGUUCCAGUACCACACAACGAUGACGACCUUCUUGUUCCAGUACCACACAACAAUGUUGACCUUCUUGUUCCAGUACCAUACAACGAUGAUGAACUUUAUGUUCCAGUACCACACAACGAUGACGACCUUCUUGUUCCAGUACCACACAACAAUGUUGACCUUCUUGUUCCAGUACCACACAAUGAUGAUGACCUUCUUGUUCCAGUACCAUACAACGAUGAUGAACUUUCUGUUCCAGUACCACACAACGAUGAUGACCUUCUUGUUCCAGUACCACACAACGAUGUUGACCUUCUUGUUCCAGUACCACACAGUGAUGAUGACCUUCUUGUUCCAGUACCACACAACGAUGAUGACCUUUCUGUUCCAGUACCACACAACAGUGGUGACCUUCCUGUUCUAGUACUGCCGGAGAAUUGCCUUCAUAUGUCCGGCGAAGAUGUACUUUGUGAAGAAACUACUAGUGAUGUGGAAACAAUCAAAGUGGACGCAAUUACCUUCUUCUUUGCCUUCUUUUUAUUCUUCUUUUUUUCCUUCUUUUUCUUCGCCCUCACGUCGUCUUUGUCCUUUCUUCUUCUUUUUCUUCUUUUUCUUUGCUUUGUUUUCUUUCUUCUUUUUUGCAUUAUUGUUCUUUGCUUUUGUAUCUUUUUGCUUUCGUCUUUUUUACCUUCUUCUUUGCUCUUUUCUUCUUUGUUUUUUCUUCUUUGCCUUUUUCAUCCAUUUCUUUGCUUUCUCCUUCUUCUUCCAUUUCAUAUGUUCCUUUUUUCUUUAAUUAUUGUUCUUUGCUUUUUUUCAACUUUUUCUUCGUUUUCUUUUUUCUUUGCAUUAUUCUUUGCUCUUUUCUUCUUUGUUUUUUCUUCUUUGCCUUUUUCAUCCAUUUCUUUGCUUUUCCUUCUUCUUCCAUUUCAUAUGUUCCUUUUUUUCUUUAAUUAUUGUUCUUUGCUUUUUUUCAACUUUUUCUUCGUUUUCUUUUUUCUUUGCAUUAUUCUUUGCUCUUUUCUUCUUUGUUUUUUCUUCUUUGCCUUUUUCAUCCAUUUCUUUGCUUUCUCCUUCUUCUUCCAUUUCAUAUCUCCUCCUUCCUAUUUACCAUUUUCACCUUUUUCUUUUUCUUUGCUUUCUUCUUCCACUUUGCUGUUUUCUUCUCAUUUACCAUUUUCUUCUUCUUCUUCUUCUUCUUCUUUGCCCUCUUCUCAUACAUCUCUUUCUUUUCUCAGUUAA